CCCAAGCGGAAUAUGCAUAGGCGGUACACCCUAUCAACAGUGCACUAUUUCGCAAAAUGGUUAUUAUCGCCGGCGGAACGAAAUGGACUUCUAACUAAGAAUCAGACACCAUUGUAAAGCUAUUGUAUAAAAUUAAAAGUGGCGGGGCAGAAAUCGAGCGUGAAAUGGUUACCAGGAGAGCGGUCGUCUCGCGAACAAACGAAAUAGCUGAUGGCCGAGCCGCCCGCCAGGCGUUAGGCGGAAAAUUGGCUACCUACCCUGAAACACGUUAUGAUUAUAAUGUUUAUAUCAAUGCUAUGAUUAUUUACGAGUGGACAUAAGUUGUGGGUAGCGGCAAGGACUGUCAGAUAUGGAAGGCCACGUCGGCGAUUGCAAAGAUUCAUGUUCAUACAGUAAACUUAAUGAUGUGGCUGCCGAAAAGAUGCGUGACGCCCUCACCGCAAUAGUCCAAGAAAUUAAAAGAUAUCAAAGCAGAUGUCCUGAGAAUGAUGAACAUGUCAGUGAACUGGAAACAUGUAUAAUAAAACUUAAAACAAAGAGGAAACAAGUGAAAAUUCUAAAAGAAAACCUCAAAUCAACAUGCAUGGUUGCAAAAACUGUAAUAAACGCAAAAAAGAAAGAAAUUAAGACUCUCAAUGACAACUUGAUGGCCGCUAAAAAUAACUCCGAAGCUUUGAUUAAGACAAACAAUGAAAUUUCAGAGGCUGUUAACAAUUUAACUGCUUGGAAUCACACCUUAAAUGAAAAAUAUUUACAUUUAGUAAAUUUUGUUAACCUAGGUUACAAAGAGUUACAAAAAAUGAGAGAUGAAAACUUGGUGGACAUGCCUGCAGUAAUGCAAUUAAAAGAAAUAAUGGUAGGUUGUGGUCAAUAUUACGCAGACUUCUGCAACGAACGCCAAAAAAAUACGCAACUAGAGCAAAAGAAUCGCUUUCUAACUAACAAAUUACGUAUUUUGGAGAACAAUUUGCUAAAUGUCUCAGAAGAACUAAACAAGGUACAAUUCAAGGAAAAAAAACAAAAAUCAAGAGCUAAUCAAUUGAAAGAAAAAACCCAGAACAUCGGUGUCUCCGGUUUAGAGAAUAACUUUGAGAAACAAGCUCUUGUACCGAGAAUUUCAUUUCAUAAACCAGGAGGAGACAUGGAGCAAAUGGUAUCGAAUAGACUGUCGGUUACUGGAUCAGCGUCAUUGAAUUUGUCUUCGCAUUUGUCUCUAGUGAAGAAUUUACUAAAUGAUCAAGAUACAAUGUUACGAGAUCUAAAAAAACUUUCUGACGAACUUAGUAUUAAUGGAUAAAACAAUAUUUAGUCUCACCACAUUAUAUUGAUAUAUCCACAUGCACUUGCUG